AUGCGAAGAGAAGCUAUGAAUAUCCACCGAGUAUGUGAGCGCAGAUGUAGGUUUGGUGCAACUGUGAUUGAUUUGGCUACCCUGAACGCGAAGAGCAGUGACUCAAUGAGUGUAUACGAUAAAGACGGAAAUAAAAUAGUUUCCUUUCCUGACUUCAGCGUGCUUUGCAGGACUUCAGUCUGCUUUUCGCAUUGCAUGAAAACUGGGUACGAAAGGCGAUGUCCUAAUACAAGAAUGUCGUUUCUCGACAAGACAGUUGCAGCAGUGAUGCAAUAUCUGAACCUCAGUGGUUCUGCAGAAAAAGUUAAAUUAAAUGACACAUAUACGCUUAUUCUUUCCGCUUUUCUGCCAAAAGAAUGUCAAUAUUUUAUUGAUGAACAGGCAACUUUCGAUGAAGGAGUACCAACAGAUUCAAGUGUGGUUGGAAACGAAUUAACCGAGGGUCAGGGAGACACUGAGGAUUUGUCAGGGAAUCAAGUCAGAUCUGUCAGAGAAGUGACAGAAAACCAUGGCACAGGUCUUGCAGCUGGGAUUUAUGUCAUUUUUCUGACAAUAUUGCUGGUUUUAACGUAA